AUGGUUCAAUCAAUGAAUACCAAAGCCCUGUUAACACUGGCAUCGGUAGCUCGAAGACCGGGUCUAAUGACACCUCACGUAUCGGUGGAUACGGUAUCCGAGAUCAAUUAUGCGUUGCUCAAGGAACGCUGUGGCAUUCACGCCGUCGUCUUUGACAAGGACAAUACACUGACGGCUCCCUACGAAAAUGUCAUUCACCCGAAUGCCCGUGCGGGUUUGGCCACGGCCAUUGAAACCUUUGGGGUUUCCAACGUGGCCAUUUUGAGCAAUUCUGCCGGCACCAAAGACGAUCCCGACUACGAAGAUGCCAUUGCCAUUGAAGCAGCCUUGGGGAUUGCCGUAAUCAAACACGACGAAAAGAAACCGGGUGGUCUGGAGGAAACGCUGCAGCAUUUUGGAAUGGAAGAUCCGUCGGCAGUCUGCAUGGUGGGGGAUCGACUGUUGACCGACGUGGUUUUUGGCAACUUGUACGGGAUGCUCACCGUGCAUACCAUGCCACUCUGCUCUGGAGACGACAAUGCACGCGACAAUAAAGUGGCCAAGGUCAUUCGAGGUGCGGAAAAUAAAACACUCUAUGGAAAUUGGUUUGGAGGACGGUGGUUGCUGGGGAAACAAUUGCCGCACAAAUAUUGGCCGGGACCAGAGGAAUGCCCCUUGGUUUUGAUAUCUACUACUACGGCAACGGGCAAUACUGAGGACAACAACGACAGCAACAACGACAGUAAUAAUGCACCCGCAAAUGAGACAAAAUCAAGUGACUAG